UUCUUAAUUUAUACGAACCUUUCAUACCCGACCCGUAUUUCGCUACGAUCCAAACUCCAAGCCCUUAUCAUGACCUCGAUGGCCAGCACCGGCGAAACCAACCGGCGCCGCUACACCGUGAGCUACAAAACCGCCGCAAUCGGCGCAGCAUCCGCCGCCGCCGCUGCUGCGGCCAUCUUCGCGGUACGCCCAAAAGACCCAACCUUCCAAUUGGUCUCCAUCAACCUCUCCUCCUUCCACCUCAACCUCCCCGUCCUCGACCUCGAGCUCACCCUUGCCGUCCACGUGACCAAUCCCAACAUUGUCCCAGUUCGAUACUCUCCGGCGUCCGUUUCAAUCUUCUACGCCGGCUCCCUCCUCGGCUCCGCCGCCCUCGAAGCCGGCUCCCAGCCUCCUAUGUCUUGCAGCCUCGUCUACCUCCCCGCCCGCCUCAACGGUCUGCAGCUCGCCCAACACGCCGCCAGUAUCCUCGCCGACGCCGCCCGCCGUCGCAUGUCUCUGGAUGCCGCAGUUGAUAUCGCCGGCGACGCCCGCCUGCUCUUCUGGAGCCAUCGUUUUAUGCUUCGCUUGGAAAGCCACGUUCUGGUCGACCCCAUCUUUCUGGACGUUAUUGACCAGGACAAUCACUCGGAGACCCAUCUAUCUCUUUCAAUAAUGCAACAGGAUCGUCAGCCAGAGAGUGACUGCUCUCACGAAGGAGAUAAAGAAGAAAAGAGAAAUACACAAACAUACUGACACAAUAGAUUGAGAUGCAAGUAGAGCUAUAAUCAUUUAUAAGCCAAAAUUGAAAGAAAGAUAAGCAGCCUUAAUCUGAGGGGAGCUAAGGGAUUGAAAAAUGAUUAGAAUAGUUUCUUAUAUAUAUUGAGAAAUGUUAUCCAUACUUUUUUUAAGUUGUUACUGUUGUUUGGAGACUUCAUUAUGAAUGUCUGUAAGGAGGACAAGGUUGCGAUAUUUAUGUGUUGAAUUGAAUAUGUUUUCUUUACGAUGAUUA